AUGGCAUUUGUCAACACCAAGACUGCCAUCGAACGCCUCGGGGUCUCCAACGUUACCCUUAGAAAAUGGGACAAGCUCGAAGCGAUCCCGACCAUUAGAACCCCGGGUGGUCAGCGUGUUUACGACAUCGAAACCUUCCAAAAAACGCAAGCGCUCCGAUCAGAGGAGGCAAGGCUUUGUGCAAGAAGAAUGGCAAAAGAUAAAAAGAACGCGUCCCGCAUCGACAUCGGAUACGCGAGAGUGUCGUUCUCAAAGCAGAAAGAGGAUCUCGGGAGACAAGAACAAUUCAUCAGAGAUUCGUGCCCGGGGAUAUCGAUACUAUCUGACAUCGGAUCCGGACUCAACUUUAAAAGGAAAGGCUUCAAAAAGCUUUUACGAUGUAUCAUGCAGGGACAGAUCGAUCGCGUGCUGGUUGCCUACAAGGACAGACUGUGCAGAUUUGCUUUCGAAAUCAUCCAGUUCAUCUGUGACGAAAACAACACAGAACUCGUGGUUCUCAAUCAAAACGAAAACGGUUCUGCAGAGGCAGAACUCAUGGAGGACCUCAUGGCCGUCGUCCACGUUUUCAGUUCGAGACUCUAUGGAAAAAGAAGCACCGGCAAAAGGAAACGCUAUACAGAGGGGGGCGCUGAAGACGGCGCCCUCGUCGAGACUAUCCGGGAAAAGCUAUCGGACAUCGAACCCCAUUCCACUCGAGCGAAGAAGGUCCGGAUGUAUCCUACGAGAAAGCAAAAAAAGAUUCUCACCAAGUACAUGUCCGACGGCCGGAGAGUCUACAACGAGUGUGUUCGCAAGCUGAUUGACGGUGUCUCGACAUCUAAAAUCAGGGACAAGGCGAUAAGAGCACCGUGCAUGGACAAGACAAUGGAGAAAACUCUAAGGACUCCGGAGCAUGUGAGGCAGAAAGCAGUGGAUCAAUUUGUCGCAGCACAGAAAGGCGUCGAAACACGUGAAACCGGUUCCCUCCACUUUCGGAGCAAGUUCAAUCAGAAACAGAGGAUCGGUCUUCAAAAGAAAGACUCUCGUAUACACGGGUCUAGUGUACACCUAACCUUCAAGGAGUUCGACGAAAAUAUCCUGUUAGGAGAAGAGCUGGUAAGCGAUGAUGGCAUUCUGACGGAAAUUGUGAGAGACCGAGGUGUCUACUACGCAACUGUGACGAAGACAAGGCCCGUCACUCCCAAGUCCGACGGACUCAGGGUUGUUUCUUUGGACAUGGGGUCACGGAAGUUCGGAUCGUUUUAUUCUUCCGAUGGUUCGAUUGGCUUUAUCGGCGAAGAAGCAGGAGAGAAGCUUUCAAGGCUCAUCAAGAAGAGGGAGUAUCUCAAGAAAUUGAAGGAGUCAAAAUCGAAAUUGACCAAGGGGUGGCGUAAGGUAUCCAAAAGGAUCGCCAACCUAGUCAAUGAGAUGCACAACAAGGUCGCCCUCUACUUGGUCCGUAACUACGAUAUCAUCAUGGUCGGUAGACUUUCGAACGGUGUGAUGAAGACAAAAUCACACCGAAAUCAGAAACUCCUGCAUGCUAGUUUGAAACACUAUCAGUUCAGGCAGAGAUUGAUCAACAACGGGAAUGACCACGGGAAGAAAGUUGCGAUCGUACCUGAACAACUGACAACCAAGCUGUGUGACAGAUGUGGUUUUAUCAACUGGAAGAUGAAAGCAGAAGAGGUGUUCACCUGCCCGAAAUGUAAACACAGUUGUGACCGAGACAUUCACAGUGUUGAUCCGGGGGCUAGGCCCGUUGCUGCCAUCGGUGGUCGCAAUGACGUUGGUGGGGGUGGUGCUACCGGCGAACGAAGUGGUGGGGCUGUGGAUGCGCCAGUUUCGGGAAAGGGGGUGGCUAAAGCUACACAGAGGAAAAACAAAACCAAGCCGAAGCAAGUGUCACCAGACGAGUCCGAUGGAGUGAGAGCGGUGGUAGCUGCACUCCGGAAGGCCUUCGCGCAGGCCAAGCUCAGGAACAACGACGCCAAGGCUGCGGGCAAGCAAGAAGACGAUGUCCACAAGUACAACGGGUCCUUCAGGGCCUGCAACCUCCUGAGGUCAAGAAGGUCUUCUACGAUAGGUGCUGGGCCNAAUUCUGGUGAAAUCUGUGAUGCCAAAGUACAUUCGAGACCGCCUCGAGAGAAUGUCCAGGUACAACGGGUCCUUCAGGGCCUGCAACCUCCUGAGGUCAAGAAGGUCUUCUACGAUAGGUGCUGGGCCGCCAUCAACAUCCGCAUAUCCGGAAAGAACACGAGAAACGACUUCUCCGACCUACUCGACGAAAUCAUCGACCAAUCCGGUUUCGACACAUCUCUCUUCCCUCCCAAGGUCCCCUGUCGACUCCAAGAAACAGUCACGAGAGAAAAGGAGGUAUCUGCCAAGAACUCUAUUGUCGUGCACCUGGAGGCCAAGAUCAAGGGGUUCCUGAGGUUCAGGCUCAUGAACGAUUCCCAGUUGGCAUUCCAACACCUCCCCGCGAAGGAUCGAUCGAGAAUUAUCGUCUCUCUGUCAAACGACUGUCUGGAACGAGAGAUGAGAGGAGACCUCGAUCCUGGGUACGUACCCCACGUGCUACAAGUGAGGGACCCUCUCGCACAAGUUUACGCAACCGAACCGGACGUACCAGUGCUCAAGAUCUUGAAGAAGAAGACCCAUCUGUUCGUCGAACUGAUCAGCAUGAUCUCAAACGUUGCCGAGGAGGCGUCCGACAACAAUAGGGCCCUCCGAGAGGAAACGAAGACGAGAUCCGACGAGGAAAAAGUGAGGAAGGCCUUCUACAUGUCAGAGAGGAUCAAGCGAGGACUGGUGGAUCGACCCAAGACGUGCACGGUCCUCCCUGUCUGGAAGCUAGCCCCGUGCUUUCCGCACUACUCUUCUUCCGUGGUCGGGAGCAUUUUUCACAAGGAGGGUCACGACUUCUCGUCCGUCUCAAGGUUUAUUUCCGAGCACUUCGACCUUAGGAGGGUUAAUAGGAAAGGGUACAAGCCGUCGGGAUUUCGGUCAGACGGCUACCAGGUUCAGGUGACCUUUAUGGCCCUGGUAUCCAAAAAGCCUCACGUUCCUGGUACAACAGAUCUGGCCAAGUCUGGGUAUCAGAUUGCCAAGAAGGUGGUCUCCCUGGAAACGCAAGAAAGGGGCUUGUUCGUGCUCUCUCAGGCGAGAAAGGACAGCCGGAAGAUAGUCGCUGACCGAGUUCAUGCAAACAACCUGACCGUCGUCGAUCCAGGGUGCGCUUCAGUGGUUUCUGUGAGGUCGUGUCCCCUGGAAUUCUGCAGGUGUUGUCGGGAGCGUUCGCGAGAAAGCACGGACUGGGAAAUGAAGGGAACCGAGUACUCCGUGAAGUCUGGUAGGACCAUGCUAGAAGGGCGAGAGAAGAAGCGGAGAUCGAACGACGAGUACGGGCGGUGUUUCCCCAGAUUUUCCGCGGUCAAGAAGAAGACAGCCAGAAAGUCGUCUUUUCUCGCGUACUGUCGUGUGGCGGCUGAAACGUUCAAGGUUAUGUUCGCGGAAAAGAUGAAGAGGGCGAGGAAGAGGUCGAGGUUUCACUCAUCGAGGCUUGUACAGAAGACUGUUGACAAGCUGGCUUCGAACAUAGCUGCGUGCCCUUCCGACCGCAAGAACAUCGUUCUGUUCGGGAACGGGAGCUUCAGGGCGAUGAAAGGGCACGCCUCCGCGCCUCGAAAGAAGCUCGUGAGGGCUAUCUGUUCGAGGGUGAAUGUGGGGAUGUUGGACGAGUUCAGAACUUCCAAGAUGUGCCCCGGGGGGUGUGGUGGGGAGAUGACUGACGUUCAGGGUGGUCAGCGUGUGCGACAGUGUACAACUGUUUGCGUGGGCGUUGAAAAUCCCUGUCCUCUUUUCGAAAACGGGGUGGCAUUUAGGUGUGAUAGGGAUGCGAGUGCCACCCUCAACUUUUGUCUCGCGGGAUACUGUGGGUUGGUUNAG